AUGUCGACCGCGAAAAAACCAUCAGACGUCAGUGAAUUUUAUCUUGCAUGUCGAAAUGGUGAUGUAGAUCUUGCGAAAAAGUAUCUGAUGACUCUCAAACAAACAAAAAAUGAUCUGAAUCCUUUGGAACCAAAUAUCCAUAGUACACCAUUACAUGCUGCUUGCUACUAUGGUCACAAAGAAAUAGUUGAACUAUUGCUAGAAAAUGGAUGUGAUCGAUCGAAAUUAAAUCGAUAUGGCUUAACUGCUUAUGAAGAAGCUGCCAAUGAUGAAAUUCGACGACUAUUCAAACGGCCACAAGAUCUCAAUUGUAUUCGACGUUUUCAAGAUGAACUUAUAGAGGAUUGUUUCGAUUUUGUUCGACGACCCAAAGAAGAUGUAAGCAUUGAUCGAUUAUAAACAAGGUUAAAUUUUCCUCAGAAGAGUAUUUAGAGGUCACACUGAUUGGGUGGCCGAUGUAAUAGUUGGAGUUGACAGCGUUGGCGAGAAGGAUGGAUUGUUGUUGUUGUGAAAAUUGACGAGCACAACAGAUUAGUUCAGUACAUUCAUGUUUCCUUAUAUGAAACUCCAAUCUCUUUGAUUUACAUCAUUUCUUCAAAACACAUGACCAGUCUAAUUAAAAAAAUCGACAUAUGGAGAGAAAAUAAUCGAAACAAAAGCUGUUCCUUGGUGCCAUACCUACGAUGAAUUAGAAAUUUUUGUUUAUAGUCAUAAAUCUUAUAUCUGAAAAUUUGCUAUUCAACUAAUUGGAUAUUCGAAAAUAGUGAUUGGUAGACAGUGAGCAAAUAUCUGAAUAUUUGACUAAGAUAUUGAAUAUCAAAAUUCAUAUUUUGCGCUUUGACACUAAGUGAGUAUUGUGUUUUGAGGAGAUUUUAUAUACAAACACUGAUCUCUUUAAUUAAAAUUCAAGACAAAGUUGAAAACAGAAUAGAAGUGUAUCAAUUAAUAUAAGAUAGCACAUAUAAAGCUUUUUACGAGGUAUAAUCUCGU